UCAACCUGACAUCGUUGUCAUCUUAUUGUAAUCUGUCAAGAAAUUCCCAUCCCAGCUCUGCAAAACCGAAACAAUUAUUGAGAAUUAGAACUUAAUUCUUCUCAUAUUAACAAAAUGAGUAACCUUCGGAAUAUUGUUUUACAGAAUUUCAAAAAAAUACAUCGCACUAGGAUGAAAGUGUUCGACGGAGAUUUAAGAGCAUUAAAUGCAGCUAGGGCAAAAAUUAAUGAGGAAUAUAAAAAGAAUAAACAUGUCACUGAACAAGAUUCAAUAAGGGCUAUGAUUAAAUUUAGUGAAGAUGUAGAAACUGAAUUGAGAACACAAGUAAUUCAAGCUCGGGAAGUGAGGCCUGGUGUUUUUGAGGCGAGGAUUACCGAAGAUACUCUGAAAUUGGAAAAUGUCCCUUAUAAUGAUAGUGCUGUUCCAGAUGACAAUACAGAUAGUCCUAGACCUUGUUGUAAAGAUCAAGCAAGAAGUAAAUAACUGUUUUUGUUAUUACUAGAAUAUCGAAGUUUUGUUAUGUAGAAUUUAUUAAAUUAUUGAUACUUAAUUGAAA